AUUGUUAUAAUUGUGUUAACCUUUAGUAAACAAAAGAGACUCUUAUGUUUUACACUCCUGUUGGAGGUUGGUUGAUGUGUUGUAACAGUAAAAAGGUCAUUAUUUUGCUGUGAUUUUAUUUUGAACUACAAUUCCCUGCACCAACAAGACAACUGCAUCGGAUCAACAUUUCCAAAAAACACAUCUUGAACUCAGGAGCGCAUAUCACUGUUAGCCUGAAGCCAGUGUGGUGGAAAAUAAUGAACUGUUAUCAGGAGUUGUUAAAAAAAAAAAAUCAGGUUUGUGAAGCAUUGAUUUGGAUUAAUGUAUUUGGUUAAUGUGUGGAAACUUUUAUAAAUUGGUUUAAAGGAAAAAGCUUUGGACAUCAUCUGUCGUGAUGAAGAACAAAUCAAGCAUCGGCAAUGUGAUUUGAACCAAUGUGUGUCGUUUUUUCGGCACACGCCUCAAAGCUUCAGAUUAAAGGAAAUUAAAAUAUUUUCCUGAAAUUCAUCACCAACAACCAGGAUAUUUAACUAAGAGCAAAGUUAAACUGCUGAAAGAGGUGAAGCACAAGCCAUCCUGAAGAAUCUCCAGAACACGCAGAAAUUGUUUGCUACAUUUAAAAGACAAAUGAAGCCAAGUCCCGACAUGGAGAAACAUCAGCACUCUGUCAAGAGUUUUACUAAACAGAGUAAUCUCAAAAGUCACCAGCACAUUCACACAGGAGAGAAACCACAUCACUGCUCAGACUGUGGAAAGAGUUUUAAUCAACAGAGUCAUCUCCAACGACACCAGCGCAUUCACACAGGAGUGAAACCAUUUCACUGCUCAGACUGUGGGAGGAGUUUUAAUCGACAGAGUCAUCUCAAAAGUCACCAGCGCAUUCACACAGGAGAGAAACCAUAUCACUGUUCAGACUGUAGGAAGAGUUUUAUUACACAGAGUAAACUUAAAAUACAUCAGCGCAUUCACACAGGAGAGAAACCUUAUUACUGCUCAGACUGUGGGAAGAGCUUUAAUCGACUGGAGACUGUCAAACGGCAUCAGCGCAUUCACACAGGAGAGAAACCGCAUCACUGCUCGGACUGUGGGAAGAGUUUUACUGAACAGAGUGCUCUCAAAAUACACCAGCGCAUUCACACAGGAGACAAACCGUAUUACUGCUCAGACUGUGGGAAGAGUUUUAAUCAUCACAGUCAUCUCAAAAAACACCAGCGCAUUCACACAGGAGAGAAACCAUAUCACUGCUCAGACUGUGGGAAGAGUUUUAAUCAUCACAGUCAUCUCAAAAAACAUCAGCGCAUUCACACAGGAGAGAAACCUUAUUACUGCUCAGACUGUGGGAAGAGCUUUAAUCAACUGGAGACUGUCAAACGGCAUCAGCGCAUUCACACAGGAGAGAAACCGCAUCACUGUUCGGACUGUGGGAAGAGUUUUACUGAACAGAGUGCUCUCAAAAUACACCAGCGCAUUCACACAGGAGAGAAACCGUAUUACUGCUCAGACUGUGGGAAGAGUUUUACUACACAGAGUGAUCUCAAAAAACACCAGCACAUUCACACAGGAGAGAAACCGUAUCACUGCUCAGACUGUGGGAAGAGUUUUAAUCAACAGAGUAAUCUCAAAAGUCACCAGCGCAUUCACACUGGAGUAAAACCAUAUCACUGCUCAGACUGUGAGAAGAGUUUUACUACACAGAGUGAUCUCAAAAAACACCAGCGCAUUCACACAGGAGAGAAAAAUGUCCCAAAUUUGUCCCAUGGCAAUUAAAAGCGCAAAUCAUAAAUUCCACCAGAAACAAAUAUGAACUGUAUUUAACAAUGGAUUUUACAGGUUCAGCAAAACUAUUCUUAUCCAGGGAUGAUGUGUAUAGAAUUCCAUGUUAUGUUUGUAUGUCUUGUAAGUUUGAAUAUUCCAGGACAUUCUUUGUGAGACAGAGCUCAGUUUUUAGGUUAGUUACUGUUGCACAGUAAGGUUACAGGCUCAUUCACUCCCUCUGCUGGUGUUCUUGUUUGUCUAUGGUUCAGUCCAAUUAAAAAUCUGUUACUAUAGAGGGAUAUAGAGAGAUAUUUGGUUGUGUUGUAUUACUCAAGUUUUAUACUCUCUCAUCUUUUCCUUAUUGAAUAUUAAAUGUUGCUUAUGGUUUUUUUAAUCUCCAAAGUUACUAAGAAUAUCCAAAUAAUGUAGUUUCUUAAUUGUUUUUAUCCAGUACAAACUAUUAUCUUUGUAUUACUUCACCUCUAUAUUUACCCAUGUGUGUUUUAAUAAACAGCUUUUAUAUUGCA